AGGAGGUCUACCAAAGUUUGGAACAGCCUGACACCGCCAUCAACAAGCAGAGAAUCAGCAACCUAAUGCCCCACAAGAUGGAUUCUGAAGGAGACGUUAACUUCAGUACGGCUAACUUAGAUGAAAUGCUUGAAAAAAUUGAAGCUGGCAGCUUGGCGAAGAAAAGCAGUAGUAGGGGUGAUGUUACAAAGAUAUCAAAGUAUCUCAAGCCAAGAGUACCAGCAUCUGUUAAGGCCAAGGAAAAGAAAGGACAGAAGACUCAGAAGCAAACAAGAGACGAUUCCAUAGAGAGGCAGUACAACAUAGCGAAACCUACAACUAAGCCCAGAAGCCGCGAAGCGACAGCUGACUCACUGGAUCGGUUGCUCAAUCAACUGAAGAAGUGCGAGUUUGCAUCAACAUCGACGUCUAAGGAAUGUCCUAAGGAGAAAGCUGGGACGAAGCAGCAAUUGGAGUUCGACAAAGUGAUAGAGAUGUCAACUGACGAUGAGGCUAGGAGGCGGCAUCACGACACAAACACGGUAAUAUCAGACAAGAGCUUCAACUACAAGGACAUCACUACCCAAAUGUUACGAUCUCAGAGCGAGGUCGAACCAUACCAUAGUUCUGCUGGUAAUAUAUCCAACAUCACCACAGGCGACGUCAAGAAGACUCGCUCAGCGGGUGGUGCAAAAACGUCAACUGGACCAAAAGUGCAGCCUCUAGAUGACGUAUGUGCCCUAGAACUACACCGAUCUAAGAGCUACAUUGUAAACUUGAUAGACAGAGCUCUAAGUAAGGAGCUAGGGACAGUGCCAAGUGAAAGGAGUCGACGAGAGGUCUUCGACGCAAUGAACCCCAGGAAGGCAAUCGAAACGGUAAACAGACAUGCAGCGUGCACCAAGUCCCAGAAGGAAAUUUCCUUGGAGAUCACCAGUGCGCUCACCGAUUCCAUUCUGUCCAACGCUACGGCACCGGGGGAUACGGACUCACGUGUCGUGAGCUCUGCAGCCAGCGCAAAGACUUGUUGCUGUGGAGUAGACGAGCCAAACUACAUAAAGCAGCUGAAGCAGCUGAGAUGGGGCCACCUGAAGCAUAUCCAGAGAGAAGUCCGUCGCUUGGAAGAUCUCGAAAGAUUUAUUGAUUCGUGUUCCAUCACUACCAUACCAGAAUUGUAAGAAGUAAAUUAAAUAAAACUCUGUGGAAGUACAA